UGCUAGCCCUAAGUGCAGUGGACAAAUGGACCCAACACAUUCUGAAAGAGGUUUUUGAACUUUGGGGGAAAGUGCAGAUGAAUGGCUUCGAUGGGAGUUGGGGCUCAUUGGAGAGCAGCGGGCCGCUCCACAAUCACAGUUCACAGAGGGGACGGGCGCUCAGGUUUGUCCCAGAGGGAGAAAUGGUGUGUACUAGUUCUCAAAGGGACCUGCUCCUCUGUGUGCGCGGCUAUCGUUGUUUUUUUGCUAUUGCUGGGAGUCUGCCUACUCUACCUACCGGACCCGCUCACGCUGGAACCGUUUGUCUCUGAAGAGAACAGCGCGGUGACGGUCCUGAUAUGGACGCAUCCGUUCGGUCGGUACCGCGAACUUCCUGACUGCUUUGCGCUCUAUCAGAUCGGCGGAUGCACGCUCACUGACGACGGGCGCGCGUACCCGGAGGCUGACGCUGUGAUCAUUCACCACAGGGAUGUUGCCACCGGCACAGCUGAUCUGCCACCGGAACCGCGGCCACGUGCGCAAAAGUGGAUAUGGAUGAACUACGAGUCCCCAACUCACACACCCAGGUUGUGGCUUUUUGGGGAUGUUUUCAACCUCACAAUGACCUACCGGACAGAUUCAGAUAUUUUCCUGCCGUACGGUUAUCUGGUUCCCCAUGAUCGCAGAACCAAAGGUAUCCAGAACCGCUUUGCGCAUCAGCUCCGCGUACCCUCACACCUCCUCCGGCCCCGCCUCUUGGCCUGGGUCAUUAGCAACUGGUCUGAGUCCCAUGCGCGCGUGGCCCUCUAUUACCAGCUCCGCCGUUACAUCCAGGUGGAUGUUUUUGGGCGCGCGGGCCGGCCGUUACCUGAGGACAGCGGAGGCAACAGUGUGGUGCGGCUGGUCGGACGGUACCAGUUCUACCUCGCGCUGGAGAACUCGCAGCACACCGACUACAUCACAGAAAAGUUGUGGAACGCGGUCACGGCCGGUGCCGUCCCGGUGGUCCUAGGUCCUUCCAGGCAGAACUAUGAACGCUUUCUGCCUCCCGAGGCCUUCAUCCACGUGGACGACUUCCCCACGGUGCGAGGGCUGGCCCGGUACCUGCUGACGCUGAGGCGCAACCCAGCCCGGCUGAGGCGGCACUUGGACUGGAGAGGAAGCUACAGCGUGCACCAGCCCUCCUUCUGGGCUGAACACUACUGCACGGCCUGCAGGGCGGUGAGAAGGACAAAAGGCGGGACUGAUAUGGUCAAAGACUUGACACGCUGGUUUCACUCGUGAAGAUGAGCAUUAGGCUAUCACCUCCAGCACCAGCUGAUUUGUAACCUCACCUGCCCACCUGAUGAUCAGCUGUCAAAGUUUACAACAGAAACCUACGGUAUUUAUCAACCAUGGUUGCUUAUUAAUAUAAUGAAAUGUAUAGGCCAAUGACUAAUUAAACUAUGUGAUAGCCUAACUGAGAAUGAUUGUUCAUGACCCUACUGUUGCCCGUUUUACGAUUAUUUACACCCUCAGAGUAAAGUUAUUUUUCAAAGUUUCCUGAA